AAACUUCCGUCGACCGAUUACGAAUGAUAUGAUUGGACGGAGUGAGUCACGUGGUUAACUGAUGCAUGCUGGGUGCAAGGUAUCCUUCCACACACCGAUCUGGUUAGUGUUAUAAAAGCUAAGUCAUUUGACGCAAUCUGAACUGAUGCAUUUACCAGUGGACAAUGGACAGUGAAGAAGAACAUGAUGAUCAAACUGAUGUCGCAUCGUCAACAAUAUCCUGCCUCACAGGUUUCCUAUUUGGAAACAUUGAUGAGAAAGGUGAACUUGAAGAGGACUUCUUGGAUGAGGAAUCCAAGAAGCACCUCAGUUCUUUAAGCUCACUCAGUCGGUUUGAAUCAAUGGUUAAAGAGAUUACCGAUGAUCCAACAGCUGAACAAACUGAGAGAGAUGAUGGAUCAUUUGAAAAUUAUGACAAGAAAGAUGCAAAUGCUGUUGAUUUUUCUGACAUCAGUGAAGUUGUUGAAGAAGAAGAAGAAGAAGGAACAAAGACAAAUGAGGCAAUAGAGAAUUUGCAUGCGCUUCAGAAUAAUUCCAAUGAAGUCCCAAAAGACAGAAGACUGAUGCCACCUCCAUCUUGGAUACCAACCAAUGCUGGUCCGGGAGGGGAUCUUGAAGAUUCUCAGCCUCCACUAGAGAGGCCUAAAUUUGAAGAACCUGACUUGUCUGCUGAUAAUGUUGCCAAUAGAUCUCAAACAGACAGCAUUAACGACACUACAUCAAAAAUUACUAGUCCAGUUACUCUUCCAAAAACAGAACCUCCAUCUCAGAAAACCAGUGCCAGCAGUGAAGAUAAUGAACCCAAAAAGAAAUUGAAUACUCCGCUAGCUUCCAUGUUGCCAAAAGAACUGGAAAGCGUUGAUGUGACGCAGUUGUUUCCCAAGUUUAGACCAGGAAAGGUCCUGCGAUUUUCUCGACUCUUUCGUCCAGUACAUACCACACAUGUUUGGCGUAAGAAACGGAAAAAGAAAAGUUCUGAAGAAGAGAAAGAAAGCGUUGUUAAGAAACUGAAAAUGUCUUCUGAUGAAGAAAGUGAUGAAGUGCAGAUAGAUUUUGACUAUGGUAGAACUCCUACAGCUGAAGAAUGUUUAACAGACGAUGAUGAGAUCGUAGUACGUCCAAUAGAGAGUCGAUCAUCGUCCAACAAACAAGACAAGAACACUGAUAUUGAGCACAGAUUUGAGGUCCCACCCUGGAGGUAUGGCCCAGCCCAGUAUUGGUAUGACUUGAUGGCAGUCGAUGAAACUGGAGAAAACUUUUCUUAUGGCUUCAAGUUAGGAGAUCGCAGUAAAUUUGACAUGAUUAAAGAAGCAAGGAACCUGAUGGCUUUUCCUGAUGAAAUCUUUGAAAUGGUGACACAAGUCCAUUGGGAAGAUGAGGUGAUCUGGAAUGGUGAAGAGGCACGUUCAAAGGUUCUACAGUCACAUAAACUGCGUGCACCAUCUGCAGGAUGGAUUCCAAGUGCAAGUUUCCGAAGUGCUGGCCAAUUUUUGCAGCAGAACCGAUUUGGAAAUAAAUCCUUCAUAAUUCCAGGGAAGAAUGCUUCUGUGCAAAGUUUGGGAUCUAAAGUUGGGCCUCAGUUCCAAACUGAAAUUAGUGAUUCCAAAGAAUCGAAUUGGCGUUCUAUCUUCCCGGUUGAAAAUGAGGCUCUGGUUUAUGAAAACUGGGAAGAGGAUAUUAUCUGGGACCCUGAGAAUAUGGAUAAAAUACCUGGACCAGCAAUGCUGACACUUGAUCCAAAUGAUGACAAUAUAAUUCUUGAAGUUCCUGAAGAUAUUGAUCCAAAUGAGCAAACAGAGCCUGCCAAGAAAGAGAAAGAAAUUAAAAAGUCAAAAAUCUUGCUUGGUAAGGCUGGAAUUAUUAAGGAAGAGGAGGAAGAAAAAGAGAUUCCAACCUCUACACAAAGGAAAGAUCCUUUCAAUUUAUCAAAUGAUGAGUUUUACAAUCCAAAGCUUACGAUGGAUAAUGCUCUCCGGACUAACAUGGGAGGAAGUCUAAUCCAGCACUCUACCCCAGCUUUGGAAUUAAGGCAGCCCCUGUUUCCAACUCAUAUGGGGCCUUCAAAACUACGCAGUUUCCAUCGUCCACAAAUCAAACGUUAUUCCUAUGGAGCAUUGGCCGCACAUGGGCCACAUUCAGUUUUACCUUUGUUAAAACAAAUAAAGCGGAAAGCAAAGAUGAGAGAAGUUGAACGACAAGCUUAUGGUGGUGGGGAAAUUUUCUUCAUGCGUACAAUGCAGGAUCUUUCUGGCAUGGAUGGAGAACUUAUCAUGACUGAAUACUCUGAAGAAUUUCCACCUUUGAUGAUGCAAGUUGGAAUGGCCACCAAAGUCAAGAAUUAUUAUAAAAGGAAACCAGGGAAAGAUUCUAAUCCACCACAGUAUAUUUAUGGGGAACUGGCAUAUGCUCACACAUCUCCAUUCUUGGGCAGUUUGGCUCCCGGUCUGUGCCUUCAAGCCUUCGAAAAUAAUUUAUUCCGAGCUCCUGUUUAUGAACACUGUAUGCCCGAAACUGAUUUCUUAAUUAUACGAACCAGGCAGCACUAUUACAUUCGUGAACUAACCUGUAUCUAUAUCGUCGGUCAAGAAUGUGCACUAUAUGAAGUACCAGGCCCAAACUCCAAAAGAGCCAAUAACUUCAUCCGGGACUUUCUGCAGGUUUUCAUAUACCGUCUGUUUUGGAAGAGUAAAGACAAUCCUCGUCGUAUCAAAAUGGACGACAUCAAGAAAGCCUUCCCGUCUCACUCAGAGAGCAGUAUACGCAAACGACUGAAACUGUGUGCUGACUUCAAGAGAACCGGAAUGGACUCAAACUGGUGGGUAUUGAAACCAGACUUUCGUUUACCCACUGAAGAAGAGAUGCGAGCAAUGGUGUCCCCUGAACAAUGUUGUGGCUAUUAUGCCAUGCUGGCUGCUGAGCAAAGAUUAAAAGAUGCAGGAUAUGGUGAAAAGUCUCUGUUUGCCCCUGAAGAUGAUAAUGAAGAAGAGACACAAAUGAAGAUUGAUGAUGAGGUACGGACAGCACCUUGGAACACAACAAGAGCCUUUAUUUCUGCUAUGAAGGGCAAGUGCCUUCUUGAUCUAACUGGAGUUGCUGAUCCGACAGGUUGCGGGGAAGGUUUCUCCUAUGUGAAGGUACCCAAUAAACCUCAACCAAAGGAAGAAGGGAAUAGUCAGACCCCUGUGAAGCGUACAGUUACAGGGACUGAUGCUGAUUUACGAAGACUUAAUCUUAAAGAUGCAAAACAACUUCUCCGCAAAUUUGGGGUGCAGGAAUCAGAGAUUAAAAAAUUAUCUCGAUGGGAAGUUAUUGAUGUUGUGAGAACCAUGUCAACAGCUCAGGCUAAAACAGGACAAGAUGGUACAGGUUGGAGUAAGUUUGCUCGUGGUAACCGAUUCUCUGUGGCAGAGCACCAAGAGCGCUACAAAGAGGAAUGUCAACGGAUAUUUGAUUUACAAAACAAGGUUCUCUCAUCGAAAGAAGUUUUAUCAACUGAUGAAAAUUCAAGCUCUGGUGAUGAUUCAGAUUUUGAAGAAAUGGGUAAAAAUAUUGAAAACAUGUUGGCUAAUAAGAAAACAAGUUCACAGAUAAGUCUUGAACGUGAAGAACAGAUGCGGAAAGAACUCCAGAAAAUGUUGAUGGAAGAAUCUAAUAAAGAAAACGAUGAAAAAAAGAAGAAGCAGGCUUCGUCCUCUUCUUCUACUUCUUAUCAAGCCCAGGGAAAUUCUGUGUCAGCACAAAAUAAAGAUGAUGACGGUGCUUCAUUUGCUUCGCUGGGUGGCAGGAAAUUAAAAAUUACUCGUACAUUCCGAGACGAAUCAGGAAAGGAGUUUACUCGAUCUGAAAUUGUCCGCAAACCAGCUGUGAUAGACACUUAUGUGAGGAUAAGACAAACAAAGGAUCCUGCAUUUAUUAAGCAAUUUGCUACCCUUGAUGAUCAGGUGAAGGAAGAGAUGAAGAAAGAACGAAGAAGAAUACAAGAACAAUUGCGAAGAAUCAAGCGUAACCAAGAGAAAGAAAAAGUUGCACCAAUUAAGAAAAAGAAAAAGAAAGAAACUCCUCUACUAAAGUUAAAAUGUGGUGCUUGUGGUCAGAUUGGUCAUAUGCGUACAAACAAAGAAUGCCCCCUGUAUCAAAAAGUUGGGCCCUCAGCCCCUGUACAAGUUGCUAUGACUGAAGAACAGGAAGAAGAAGAAGAAAAGAACCUACUUUCUGACCACGAUCUUAUUAAUGUAGAAGGGACAAAGAUCGUCAUCUCAAAGAAUCUUGUUGAGCAUGCUGAUCAAAUGCGCCGGAAAUCUCUGUUGCUCAAAUUUCCAAAGCAAGCUGUGGAAACAAAGAAGAAACGACGUACAGGAAGUGUGGUUCACUGUGAUUACCUCAAGAAACCCAAACAGUCUUCAAAUCGACGCCGAACAGAUCCCUUGGUUACUCUCUCCUCCAUCUUUGAAUCAAUAUUAAAUGAAAUGAGGGAUCUCCCUAAUACGCAACAGUUUCUAUUCCCUGUCAAUCCUAAAAAAGUGACUGACUAUUAUGACAUUGUGAAAGACCCUAUGGAUCUUCAAACUUUAAGAGAGAAUGUUCGGAGAAAGAAAUAUACUUCUCGCGAAGAAUUCUUGACUGAUGUUAAUCAAAUGUCAAUCAACAGUAAAAUGUAUAAUGGUGAUAAACAUUUACUUACUCUCACAGCCAAGUCAAUGCUAGACUUGUGUAUAAAGAAAUUUGCAGAGAAAGAAGAAAAAUUGAUGCGUUUGGAGAAAGCAAUCAACCCAUUAUUAGAUGAUGAUGACCAAGUUGCAUUCUCAUUUAUUUUAGAAAAUAUUAUUCAACAAAAAAUGAAAAUUGUUGAAAAUUCGUGGCCAUUCCACCAACCAGUUAACAAGAAAUCUGUUAAAGAUUAUUAUGAAGUCAUUAAGAAACCAAUGGACCUUAGCACCCUACUUAAGAAUGUACAGUUACAUAAGUAUCAGCAUCGAGACCAAUUCAUCGAGGACGUGGAGUUGAUAUUUGCCAACAGUGUCAAGUACAAUGGACCUGACAGUAGCUACACUAACACUGCAAAGAGAAUUGUAGAUGUGGCCAGAGAAAAUCUUUCUGAAUAUGAUGAACAUUUAAGUCAACUUGAACGAGACAUACAGGCUGCUCGAGAAGCUGCUCUUGAUGCUGUGGAGACAGACAGCAUCAUGACUGGAACAUCACUCAACAUGGAUGAUAACAGUGUUCUGGGCAUUGACAAUGAGAGUAUGGACAGUAACAGCAUGCGGGAGGCUGUGUUAGCAAGCGGAGAUUGGCCAGAUGGUGAACCAAACUCAUCGACAUCAGAUAUGCUACAUAGAAGACGACAUCAUUCAGACUUCAAAGAUGACAAUGAUGCUGAUGCUGAAGACAUGAUGUUUGAUGAAUCUGAUUCAGAGUUUGUUGAUGUGGAAGGUGAUGAGAGUGCGAUGGAAGACAGGGAGUUUGACAUAUCUCACCAGGAUAUCCAUGGAGAACAUUUCUCGUCAUCAGAUAACAACAAUGACUUGGCCCAAGAUCUACAAAUUACUCCUGAGAACUCAGAUAACGAAAACGAUGAUUACGAUGAUGAAGAUGAUAAUGAUGAUGAUAAUAAUAGACGUGAGAAAAACUAUGGCAUGGAUGGCAGUGGAAAUGAAGAGUUACCUUCUGGAAUAUCGCAAUACAUCGAAGACAGUGUCUAUGGCCAGCAGUAUAGUGGUGACAAUGCAAACCAGUUUUACUCAAGUGAGAACGAAUCUAACAUGUACAAUAUGGCUGGUAUAGGUGAUGAUGAAGAGCAAAGCUUUGAUCCAGCAGCGUUCUUCCUGAGCAGUUCAUUGGCUCAGCAAAUGACUGAUGACAACCAGCAACAGCAACAACAACAGGAUGAGGAGGAAGAGGAUGAGCAACAACCAGACUCUGUUGAAGACAUCAACAAAGACUUGCAGGUCUCAGAGUCAGAAAGUGAAGACAAUGACUUUGUGCCAAUCAGUAAUGAUGACAAUCAAUCUAACGAAGGAUUCGAUAUUGAUCAGUUCCUUCACUGAACCGAAACCAAAAUGUUUGAAAAAGAAAACAACACUAAUAAUUAUAAAAACAAUAAAAGCCUGUGCAUAAAAUUUCCAGAAAAUGUUUAAGAAUAUGUAAAAAGGUUUGUGGUAUGAUCUUGUGAAGAGAGAAGAAAGAACUUCAUCUCAAUGUAAAUGAGAAUAUAAAAGAAAUUGUGAUGGGGGUGGGUGUCAAUAUUGUGAAGAAUGACAAAUAAUUCCAUCUGAAAUUUAUUGCCAUGGAAACACGCCUGUAAAUGUCACUUUUUUUUUUCUUUUUUCACUCCAUCUUCAAGCUAUAUCUUUUAAUUUUAAGGUUGUGUGUGUUUAUGUGUGGGUGUAUAAGGCUAUUUAUUAGUGCAUGCAUGUAUGUGUGUAUGAUUUACAUUUUAUAUAUGAGUUGUGCUACUGGAUAUUUUUAGGUGUGUAUAUAUUGAAUAUUUAUGUUAUAUAUAUAUAUAUACUGUAUGAAUUUGAGUGUAUGAAUUGAUGUGUGGUGUCUGUGUUUAUAUAUAAACUUACAUGCAAAUAUAUAAAAAUAUAUAUUGUGUAUGUAUAUAUAUAAUUUCCAGCAAAUUUUACUACUCUGCUCUAUUAUAUUGAGCAUUUCUCUCUCUGGAUUGUUUUGUACUAUUGUGUACUUAGUGCAGGCUUGGCUGUGUGCUUAAGAAGUUCACGAGUCAACCUUGUGAUUUCAGGUUUAGUUCCAGUGCAUGGCACCUUGGACAAGUGUCUUCAAUUAUAGCCCCAGAGCCUUGUGAGAAGAUUUAGUAGAUGGAAACUGAGAGAAGCCUGCCAUAUAUAUAUAUAUAUAUAUAUAUAUAUAUGUUGUGUGUUUGUGUCUCCUUGUCUUGGCAUUACAUGAUGAUAGUUGUAAAUGAGUGCCACUGUCAUACAAGUGAUAUCAUUCCUGUCCAGUCUUCCAUGAAAAAUAUGUCUGACCAUGGGCAACACAAAGGGCAUCCAUCCUCAAUCUCUGCCCCAUGUAAAUAUGGAAAAGUGGAUGUUAAAACGAUGAUGUGUACUUCUAUUCUGUAUGUGUAUGUAUUUGUAGAACAUGUGUAUGUUUCACUUCCUGAUUGAAAUUUCAGUCUUUAUUUUGACUGGCCCCUCAUUUGGAAAUAAGUUCAUAAAAAAAAAAUCUUACUAACAGGAAAGCAGUUUGUGCUGUUCUUUUCAUCAUUCUGUCUACAAUCAAUCAACCUUUAAAUUGUACUAUUUUUUGUUACCUCAUUGAACAGCUAACUCUCACAACAGAACAGGUUUAUAUUUUGCUGUCUUAAACAUCAAGUAUGUUAUGUUUUAAUUCGGUUGCUGUGUUUUUGUUUUUUUAUUUGUAGGCACCAGCAAUGUUUUUUUUUCAUCCAUCAACCUAAAGUAUUUGUCCUUACUGGUUGUUGUUGUUGUUAUCCUUUGAUUUUAUUGCAGAUCUCUCUGGCCAUCACAUCAUGUUCUCAUGAAAAGGUGGUAUCUUGAGAACUUUCACAUUUAGCAAUGAAGUGAUUGAUGAUUUCAGUUUGGGGUUUACAGUAAUUAUCAGUUGAUGAUUUUUAUUGUUUUGUGCUGAGGAAACUUGUUGGGGAUUUAUUGUUCCUGAAUUGCAGAGAAGAAAUUUUUUUAUGAGAGAUGCUUUAAAUUUAAUUACUUAUUAGACAAUAUUUAGUUGCUAAUCUGAAAUUUUAAUAUAAGGUAACACCCCUUUCUCCAAGUUUCAAGCAUUUUACCUGUAGUAGAAACAACAACAAUUAUUGUUAUUAUUAUUAUUAUUAUUAUUAUUAUUAUUAUUAUUAUUAUUGACAAAAUGUUUUGCAGUGCUUAUGUCACUUUAGUUUCUGUGGUCAAAUCUCACCUGGGCUACUUUGCUUUCCAUUCUCCUGCAGGUUGUUAAAAAUAAAAUGGCAACUAAGUUCUAGGACAUUGUUUCUACAUUAGAAAUUUUUGUUAUUGUUACUAAGAAGAGCGAUGGAGGCUAGAUUUAAUAGAGUGCUGGAUAAAUUAACAACAAAUCAUACGAUUGUUAUUUCAAACCACCAGCCCAACCCUGCAGCCAUGGUUGGAUGUUUAAGAAGUUUGCUUUGCUAUAAUGUGGUUUCAGGGUCAAUCCUAAUGCAUACUACUUUGGACAAGUGUUUUUUACUGUAGCCUUGUGUUGACUGAUACCUUAUUAGUGGGGUUUAGAAAAUAAUAACUGUGCAGAAACCUGUUGUGUGCAUGUGUGUGUGUAUGCUACAGAGCCUACAAAAACUAGAAAUCUUUAAUUACCAAUGAAAUAUAUGUAAUAAUACAAACAAAACCACCAUAAACUGUUUAACAAGUUCAACCUUUUGAGAAUGGAGGAUAACUCCAAAUAACAAGACUCCAAAAUAUAAAAGAUUCACAGAAAACAAGCAAAUAACAUCUAUAUUCCUAUCAUCAGCUGCUUUGGUAGUGUUAAUAACAUUAAAAACCUAAAUGUUGCCUGGGAAUCAAUACACACACACACAUUUUAACUAUAAACCUUUUCAGACAAUCACGUCAUGAUUACAACCAUAUAUAAUUGUUUUUGCAGCCGUAUAAUUACUGGCAUCAAUGAUAUUUGACCUGCACACAAUCCACAAGCACCAUAUAACAGCUACUACAAAUAAAUAGUUGUCCUAACAAUGAGGGCCAAGGAGUUAACCAUUUGAAGAGAAGACAGUUGUGAUGAUCAUGGUUGCAUAGUGAAUGAAUGGCUUCUGCUAGAAGCAUUUUUCAUAGCUUCUCUUGUUAUUAUUAAUGAGUUAGUGUUUUCACUGAAGAAGUGUGUGUGUGGCGAGGGUUAAAUAAAAGAAGAGAGAUAGGGGGUGUGUGGUUUUGCUAGAUGUCAACAAUACAAUACUGGCCACUAUUUCUCUAUCUUUCUUAGUUCAAGAACUCGUUCACAGUGAGGCGAGCUAAAUUUGAAAUAUGUUUAUACAUAAUUUAUGAAUAAAUUUCACACAUACACACUUGUAUCAUUACCUCGAUAUAUGCACCUGUAUCAUCCAUCAGCUAAAAACCUAUAAUAUACACCUAUGUCAUCAAUUUUACACAAAGUUUAUGGGUUAUUAGGGAAAUAUAAAAAUAAUCCAAAAAUUUGUACUGGAGUCAUUUGCAUGUUCUUCAAUACAGAGUUUAAUAUCAAAACUUUGUGUAAUCAGAAGAUGGGAUAGUGUCAAAUUUCACCCCCAACUACUGUCCCAAAUAAAGAAUGUUCUUUGUAUUUUAAACUGUUUCCAUGAAGGGUUGUUUGCAAUAAUUACUUCCAAAACAUUAUUUCAUGUCAGAUUCCUCCCUCCUUGUUUGUUUUGUUUUGUGUAAUCGAAAAUGAUGGAAAUGAAACGAAGGUGGAUUUUUGCCUCCCCAAUACAUACCUCAAGAAGAGGAAUUUGGUAAGGAAAAACAAAUACCAGUAACAUUGCUAGGAGCCAGUUUGGGUGACUAAGCCCCUGUGUGACAUGUGAUCUUGUGCCAAUGUAAAAAUACCACUACUACCACCACCACCACAUCAUCAUCAUCAUCAUCAUCAUUAGGACAACAAACUAGCAUAAUGAGAGCAUUGCAAAUAGCCUUGCAGUGUUUGUUCUGACAUUUUACAUACUUAGUUCAAGUCUUGUCUAUGUCAACUUUGCUUUUCAUUUCUCUGGGGUUGAUGAAACAAGUACCAGUCAUGUACUGAGAUUGAUGUAAUCAAUCAGCCCCCUCCCCCACCAAAUAUCAGGCCUUGUGCCCAUUGUAGAAAGGAUUAUUAUUAUCAUCACAAAGGUGGUGGAUUGGCAAAAAUCAUUGGAGUGGUAAUUGUUCUGAGCUCAAAUCCUGCCAAGGUCAACUUUGCCUUUUAUCGUUCAAUAAAACAAAGUACUAGUCAAAUACUGGGGUCAUUGUAAUUAACAAACCCCUCCCCUCCAAAUUUCAGGCCUUGUACCCAAAUUAAAAACAAUUACUAAUACAAUGGCAGUAGAUUGAAUUGACAGAAUGAUUAAAGUAUUUCAUAAAAUGCCUGUGGGUAUUUAGUUAUGGCUCUUGCCAUUCUGAGUUCAAAUCCUACUGAGAUCAUACUAAAUACCUUAUGGUUAUUAUGUCCCUCUGUGUACUUCAAAUCCUGCCGAAGUUGAUUUUGCCUGCCUUUAUUCCCUCUCCCUUUAUAAAGUUACAAAGUAUAUGUAGGGUGGGGUUGAGGUUGAUUAAAUUAAUUACACCUCUUGUUAAAAUGAAAUAUAUUUGUGGCUUUGUGUCCUAAAUUAGAGAUCAUUGUUUUAAAAGAAUCAUUCAUUAGAUGUAAAUACAGUAGUUUAUCUCAAAUCACACCAUUAUAGUACAAAGACAAUGUAAAAACUUGUACAUAGAUGACAUUUUUGUGGUCAGUUUGAUAUUACAUUGUAAUUAAGGGCCAACCUUCACUUCAUGUUGGAUAUUUUAUCUACGUUUCAAAUGAUAUAAAACAAAAUAAAAAAUGACAAUAAUAAAUAUA